UUACCGUAUGUCGCAGAUUGUUGACAAAGUAUCAUAUUUUCUUAACUACGUAAGAGACAAAAAUAGCUAUUUAUUUGGAUUUCAAAGGAAAAGGGACAGUAAUAAAGUUUAAUUGUUUUAUUUGAAUACAAGUUGGUGGUCAUCUAUACAAUUUGGCACAAUAAAACAGCAAGCAAUAUAUAUUUAUCGAUAAUUUCAUUUUUUACGUUAAAGAUAUUGGACGAAUUUAUUAACGCACAAAGUAGAAACCGGUUUAAACCCAAUUUCACAAUGACUUCGAGAAUAUUUCUGGAUUCAAACAGAGACAGUGCAGGCGAUUUUAUUGGAGAAUGUACUGUUAUACAGUUAUGUGAGCCUUGUAUGAAAACAAACCUAUCAAACAAUGCUUCGGUUUUCUGCAAAGAUUGCGAUGAAUAUCUUUGUGAUGCAUGCAAAAAUUCGCAUACAGUACAUAAAACUGGGCAACAUGAAAUAUUCAAAUUUCAGGACAAGAAAUCUGCGCUGGUAAUGAUCGACAUGAAAGGAAUGGAUAAGUGUCAUGAGCAUGGACGAGAUAUAGAGUUUUUCUGCCAGGAGCAUGCUAAGCUGUGUUGCAGUUCGUGCGUUCUCGUUCACAGGAGAUGUGACCAAGUUGAGGAAAUAACCAAAGUAUCAAGACAAACACGACCCGAGCUUCAAGCAUUAAAACAAUCAUUGAUAAAAUUGCAAUCCGAGGCUGAUGAUAUUAUAGCGGAUUGUAAGCAGUCGGAAACGGUUUUAAAUGAGUCCACUGAAAAGAUGUCUUCAGAAGUGGAUGGCAUGAGAGAUCGAAUCAUACAACUUUUUGAAGACGCAAAGCAGAAAUGUAUUACUGAGGCCACUGAAUUUAAAACUGCAGAAUCUAAACGAAUUGGGAAUAGACGUGACACCUCGUCCAAAGUUAAGAACGAAAUAAGUAAUGACUUGUCGAUGUGUGGUAUCCUUUUAGAACACGGAACGCCCAGUCAACAAUAUAUUUAUUCGGAACUCAUGAAGGAGAAACGUAAAACAAUCGAAUCAAUCAUGCAUGACCAAAGACAGAUUAAAGUCGCACCAACAGUUACAGUGUCUUUUUCAAAAGAGCUGACUUCAUUCCUUGAGGUUGGAAGCAAUAUCAUAAAACUGAAUUAUGAUGGCAACAAGACAGUGGAAACCAGUCGCAGCAGUUUACCAUCUCAACCAAGGCAAUUCACUAUGGAGCUGCUCUUGUCCGUGGAUCUCUCAAAGACUGGAGUUUAUCAGGUGAAACCUUUCCUCAGGGGACUGAACUUUCUGCCGGACGGGAGACUGGUAGCCAUUGAUAAUAACAACCAUCAAUGCAUCAUACUGAAUGAUCGACUACAGAGACUAGGAGCGCCGUACAAGUUCAAGAUAAGACCACUUGGCGUAGUAUGCGUGUCUCAUGAUGUACUGUGUGUAACGUUUGGUAGUAGUAAGGUAGUAUGUCUCCUGUCUGUGAGUACAACUAAUGUCAUCAAAUUGACGCGGGAGAUCAAAAUAUCAUCCAAGGUUGACUCUAUAUGCUGCAUGUCACCAAAUAACAUGGUCGUGAGUACGUUAUAUGAUCCUUGCCACGCUAGAAUGCUAUCAGUGGACGGUGUAGAGUCUAACUUUGAUAAUUUGAUUUUUCCUAAUAAGACUUACACAGCACAUGAGAGUGUGUGCACGUAUGUCCAGUCUAAGAACACGUUGGUACUGACUGACAAACUCGCUCACACGGUGUACAUGUACGACACCGUAAAGGGCACAUCUAGAGCAGUUACUAAUGAGAACAUACGGAUACCUAGUGGUGCCUGCGUAGCGCCUGGUGACACGGUGCUGGUGUGCAGUACGUAUAAGAACUCCAUCGUGCACCUGAGUGUUAACGGUGAAAUAAUCGGAACCUACCCGGUGGAUAUGCGAUACCCGGACAGCAUAUGUGUGUCUAAGGAUGGCACCAAGAUGGCUGUGUCCAACUGCGUUGAAGGCAUCGGGAAACUCCAGUUGUAUAAGUUAUCCCCUGCAACUAGUUAGGCGACUAUUAAUAUCUUAUCUAUGAAAUCAUGCAAUGAAAACGUAUUCAAUAUUAAUGUAUAUGUGUUAUAAUGUUUUAUAAGCACGGAAUACAUGUUCUAUUGAUAAAUGUUGACAAGUGUUGCGAUUAGGUUUUAUAAGAAUGUCAAACUGCCCAUGUAUUGUGAAUGUAUCUUUAUCUCCAUUUGUGUAAACACAUUUAAAAAACUAUAUUUUAUUCAUACAUAUUUGAAUAAAUUGUAAAUUAUUA